AUGGAGUUUGGAGCUUUGCUCUUCCAACUUCUCUCGGAAGCUUUAGGUUUGAACUCUGAGAUCCUAAAGAAAAUGGAUUGCCUCAAGAGCUUGUUUAUGCUUUGCCAUUACUUCCCACCUUGCCCACAGCCUGACCUAACUUUGGGCAUAAGUAAGCACACCGAUAACUCUUUCCUUACACUUCUUCUUCAAGACCAAAUCGGUGGUCUUCAAGUUCUUCAUAAAGAUUAUUGGGUCGACGUUACUCCUAUUCAUGGAGCUCUUGUCGUCAACAUUGGUGAUUUCAUGCAGGCAAGCAAGCUCUCAAUUGAUGCAUUAUUUUAA